UAUCAACGCCCACGGGCAGCAUUUUGACAGGACGUUGGAAUACAAAAAGAAGAAAAAGUUGGAUUUUUCCCGCCAAGUUUCUAAGCCCAUAAAGGGCAAGCAAGACGCAAAAAAAUCAUUUACCACCGUUUAUUUUGUUGGCAGUUUACGUGUUUUUAUAUCUGGUGAAAGUCGUUUGUUAUUUCUAAAGUUUUUAACGGUUUUUGGUUUAAAUCAAACUGUUCUUAUUAUCUAAUAUUGUUCAUUGUAACAAAAGACAAAAGUGACCAAGUAAUAUAUGUACUGUCUGUGCCGUCGAUCUUUUUAACGUAGUUACAAAAGACAAAGGGUGAAAGAGUACAAAAUAGCUAUACAAAAUGAGAAUCAAUAUUAAACCUCUAGAUGGAACUCCAGGAGCUGUUAUUGAAAUUUCUAAAAAGGCUCUGGUUAGCGAAUUGAAAAACGAGAUUGCCAAACGACUGGAAAUCCCAGAAUCACAACAAAGAUUAUUAUAUUUUGGUAAAGAACUUCAAGGCAAUGUUGCAUUAUUAGAUUACAAAAUAAUAGAAGGUGGCACCAUUCAAAUAAUUGUAACAACAAAUCAAACGAAUCAAACAAUCAAAGAAGAAAUUGUUGAUAUAAAGGAAGAACCAGAAGAAGAAAACGAACACGUUUUAAUUGAUGUUAAUAGCAAAUAUUAUAAGAUAGGAGAUUUAGUUGAUGUAUUACUGGAUGAUACGGGGGCUUGGUAUGAAGGUAUAGUGAGCCAAAUUUUUAUGAAAGAAACAGAUGAAAUAAAAAAAUCAGAAGAAAAUGUUGUAUUUAAGAUACAAAGUGCUCCUCAUAUAUUGCCGACCUUUGAAUUUGAUGCAAAAUUUAAGGAAAUUCGUCCAAGAUCCUACUAUACUUAUAAAUUUGCAGAACUGACCCCUGGCCUAACAGUUCUAGCAAAUUAUAAUUUGGAGGAAAAAAAAUCUCGUGGUUUGUGGUUUGAUUUUAAGAUUACCGAUAUAACGAGGACGAAUAUCUCUGGAACUGUUCUCGUUGGCAGGGACGAAACACCAAUAGAGAACUGUACAAUUGUUUUUAAAAAUGAAAUCCUACGAAUAGAAGUACCUGAAUUAUUGGACAUUGAUAAAGAAAAACGUAAAAUAAAAUAUACGCCACGUAUAUAUCCAUAUAAUUGUUCGACGUGCCGGGAUGAUUUGAAUAAAAAAUGCAAAGACUGCGGUUGUAAAAUAUGCCGAGGAAAACAAGACCUUAAAAGCAUUUUAUUAUGCGACGAAUGUGAUGAUGAAUAUCACAUUUACUGCUUGGACCCGCCCUUGGAGGACAUUCCAACUGACGACUGGUACUGCCCAGAAUGUAAAGUAGACGACAAUGAAAUUGUGAAAAAAGGUGAAGUAAAACUGACAAAAAAACAAAUCAACAUGCCGAACAAGAAAAGUACAUCAACGCGUGAUUGGGGACAGGGCAUGGCAUGUGCUGGUAGAAGCAAAAUCUGCACCAUUGUACCCAAAAACCAUUUCGGACCGAUUCCGAAUAUUGAUGUGGGAACACGUUGGUUGUACAGAAUACAGGUAUCGGAAGCAGGAGUUCAUCGCCCAGCUGUGAGUGGUAUCCAUGGUGUAGCAAAUGACGGAGCUUAUUCCAUUGUUAUUAGCUCUGGGUACGAAGAUGAUAUAGACGAAGGCGAUGAAUUUAUUUAUACUGGCAGUGGCGGAAGGGAUUUGUCUGGCAAUAAACGUGUUAAUGUUCAGAGUUGUGAUCAAGAACUAACCAAUUGUAAUAAAGCGUUAGCCAUGAACUGUAAUACACCGUUCAAUAAAGAAGGAGGUGUGGCGAAGAAUUGGCGGAAUGGCAAACCAGUCAGAGUUGUUAGAAACCACAAGGCCAAAAAACAUUCGAAAUAUGCCCCUGAAGAAGGUAACCGAUAUGACGGAAUUUACAAAGUGGUGAAGUAUUAUCCAGAACGAGGAAAAUCUGGUUUUAUUGUGUGGAAAUAUUUGCUGAGAAGAGAUGAUCCGACACCAGCGCCGUGGGACAAAAAUGGAGUAGAGUUAGAUAUAAUCGCUCAAAAACAGCAAAACAAAAAUAAAACUAAUUCAUCAAAGCCGGAGCCAGCUGGAAACAAGAAAAGAAAGAGACAAACAAACGAUGUAACAAACGAUGUAACAGACGAUGAUCUAAAUACUGCUAAGAAAUCAACAUUAGCCUAUGAAUUACCUAUAGAUAUCAAAGAAUUAAUAGACAAGGACACAAUUAAUUACAACAAUUGGGUAGAAUGUAGUAAUGAACUUCAAAAUGGAAGAUUAAAAUUCCGGGAAAAAGUUGAAGAAAUAUUUAUAUGUAUUUGUUGUCAAGAUCUCGUGUACGAGCCCGUUACACUUGAGUGUAAACAUAAUUUUUGUAAGAAUUGUCUAAAACGAUCGUUUAACCUCAAAAUGUUCAAAUGCCCAUGCUGUAGACACGAACUCGAUGAAAAAUUAGUACUCGACAUUAAUCAGAACUGUAGCCAAGCCCUUAAAUUAUUGUUUCCUGGGUACGGCUCAGGUUCAAAACAAUAACUAUUAAAAUAGAUAGGUAGGUACUUUUAUAUUGUUUUAAUAUUUUUAUACGUGACUGAAAUUUUUUUUUUUAUUUUUGUGUAACUAAUUUUUAUACAAGACGUAAAAAUAAAUAUUUUAAUGUCUAAAAUAA